AUCGUGGUUUUGCGCCAAAAACGAAAUGAAGUCAAUGGCUGCUCUGGGUUAUAGCACGACGAUACAGUUAUCGGCAGCUGCAGCAUCAACAAGAGUAAGGCUGCAUUCGUCGAUACUCCGAUUCAGCUUCGACUCUUCCGUGUCUCUGAAGGAUAAUAGCCGUCGCUGCCGAUUCCCUGGCCGACGAUCGGUUGCUUCUGCUUCGCCUGUUCGCGCCAUGGGUUCCUCUGCUUCUUCCCCAAAACCAGAAGACGUUCAAGAUACGCAGAAGGCGGUUCCGUCGAGUGAUGAAGAAUGGAAGAAGAAGCUUACGCCGGAACAGUUCUACGUGACUCGUCAGAAGGGAACCGAGAGGGCUUUCACCGGGGAAUACUACAACACCAAAACCCCAGGAACAUACCACUGCAUAUGCUGCGACACGCCGCUGUUCGAAUCAUCGACCAAGUUCGACAGUGGAACUGGGUGGCCAUCUUACUACCAGCCAAUAGGGAACAAUGUGAAGUCGAAGCUGGACUUGUCGAUCAUUUUCAUGCCCAGGACGGAAGUCCUGUGUGCCGUCUGUGAUGCUCAUCUAGGGCAUGUGUUUGGUGAUGGUCCGCCACCAACUGGCCAACGCUACUGCAUAAACAGGUAUCGCGGCACUAAAACUAAAGCCCAUGGAAAAAUGAAGCUUCUGCUCAAGAAAGGUUGGAGCCUUAAGACAGAGAUGGAACAUCGUGAUGAUUAUGUCAUUUUGGUUGAUGAGUAUGUGUAAAUGCAGCUGUAAGUGAGUUAUAUAGAUGAAGUGUUGUCUCUAAGCUCUAUUCAUACACUGAUGACUGAUGAGACAGAGAAGAA